UUAGGGGAAGAGCUGCUACAUUGACUUCAAUAGCACUCAAGAGAACAGACAGGUUCUUCCUUUGGGGUGGGGAGGUAGUUGUCUCUUCCUGAAAAGGAAGCAAGGAAACAAAUAGCUAAUAUACAGAUAGAGAGAGAGAGAGAUUUUAAAGUAAAGGAUGCACUGGAAGACUUUGCUACUGCUGCUUUUCUAUUAUAAUGCCCAUGCCACUGUGAGCCCGAGGUGGAACAGAGCCAUGCUUUUCCCAGAUGCUCAGCGGCUUAAGAGAUGGUCGUCAUCUGCCCCCAUGAGCCCGGUGCUGCAGAACUCGCUGGAUGAUGUGAACAUGCUUUUUGAGUUUCUUUUAGCUGAGAUUGAAAUUGACAGAAGUCUGAGGAUCUCCAUAAAAGACGAGGAGCUGGCUUCGCUGAGGAAGGCCAAAGAAUUUGACACUGUCUGCAAUGACAUUAUCCCCAAGAGCAUCACAGAGAUUCGUCGGCUGAGUGCCAGGCUGUCUGACUACCCGAGGGUCCUAAAGAAAGAAGAUUUUGAAAGGACAGUGUUGACCAUGGUCUACACAGCCUAUAGGGCAGCUCGAUCUCGGAUGCACCAGAAAGACUCUUGGACCGAAUCCUUCAUCAGUCUCUACAAGGCCCUGAAGCAGGACUUGAUGUUCUCAUACAGCAAAAAGCCAUUGCAUUGAAGGAGUUUAUACACCAAAAAUGCAACGAGCUCUGCUGAGAAGGGGACACAUAGCACGUCCACCACUUUAUUCUGUAAACAAUUUAAGUCUACACGUAGAUAAGGAUUCUUUAUUCUCUAGCUCCCCCUAGUGGGAUCCUGUUAUAGAAACACGUUAAACAGGAAAAACAUCUUGUCUGCUUCAGUCCCUGGCAUCCAUUCUCAUGUGGGCAAAGAAGAAUGUUUUAUUACUGAGGUAGAAGGGAAUAUUUAUAUUAUAUAUACAUAUUUAAAGUUAUUCCCAAAGGAUGAAGGAAGGGCACAUUCAUCUGGCAAGUUUGGGGGGAAGUUUUAGAAACCCGUUUCGUGUUUUGGAAAGUAGUAAAUAUUUUGAAGUUGCAUUAAACAAGUCCAUCCCUGGUGUACUAUCAACAAAGUUAAUGGCUUUAUGUCUGGGAUGAUUUGGGCUUGAUCUGUCUUGGAGGUGAAGGGAAGUAUGCUCUGGUAACUAGUUUGCAAAGCAAACUCAGAAGGAGAAUGUGCUGGGGAAUGCUACCUUCCUGGCUAGAAAAAAAGAUAGUAGUUUUUCUGCCACCUAAUGGGGUGUAAAGAGAGAGAUACAGGCCCACUAUAAAAUGAAGAAGAGUCAUGGCAAUUAGAGCUUGGAGGCUAUGGCAAGAGUAAAAUCAUCAAUAUUCUUAUAAAUCAAACUGCCUGACUCGCUUCCCAAGUAUUGGCAACCUAUUUUAAUCUCUUGUUCACAUACAUUGGGUUGAGCCAGUUUUUAUUCACAAGAAUGUUUGUUUGUGGAAGGACACAUAGUUAUUUGUGUGUGCAUUCUCCCCAGAAGAGCUCUCACAGCCAGUCUAUAAAGGUCCUUCCAUUAUUUGCACAUGGCUCUGAGCCUGCAACUAUCUGUCCAUGUGGAGUCAACUGCAGGAUCAGAGCCUAGAUUAAUUUAACAAUUACACAUUUUUCAUCUUGUCCCUAUAACUCAAAGUCUCUGAACCAGUCUCCUGGUUCAGAACAUCCCUGAACUUUGUGAAGGGUGUAAAAAAUCAAGACUUUUAUGGAUAAUUCAUGGACAGAGGAAAGGUAUUCAUCAGAUAAAUUAUUUGCAAUGAAGAGUUCAACCUGUUCUAGUGACAAUGUCCUAAGAUUUAAAACAGGUUAUACUAAUGCUGUUUAUCUACCUAUGUCCGAUAUUUUUAGCAUGUCUCACUAUAGUAUCUGAGCACUUCUGAAAAGCUGUUUCCCCUUUAAUAUUUGCACCUGUGCUCUCUCUCACUGACUCUCACACACUACACUCAGUCUUUCUCUCUUUAAUCAUCCACUUUACUUCAUUGUCUAAAGUGUAUAAAUAGAGACAGGCCCAAACCAAAACCGGAAAGGGAAAUAGUUUGGAUUUUAAGGACCAGACUCUGAGCCCCACGCUGCUCCUUUUGCAUCACUCAGGCCAUACAAAAAGAGCAGAAAUCGCCUGCAAGUCUCUUAUUGUGGGGAUAUUCCACUAGGUGGGUGAUUUCCCAGUAAAUGUGGAGCUAGCAAAGCCACCUCCUACACUUCCCUCUCUGCAGCUUUCACUGCAGACAGGGUGUUAGGGACAGUCAAGGGCAAGCAGGGGGAGUUAUCAGAGCACAGUCCUCAGCUGGUGUUUGAUCAUUGCCUGCUGGUGCUCUUUAGAAUUUUGCAAAGUUAUAAACAACUGAAAAUAGGGUUUUAUAAUGGCAAGUCUGAGGCAUCUUUAACAACAGGUGUAGCUAAUUGUGUUCGUGUGUGGAAGAGUAUUCAUACACAAAAACACCACGUUGUGCAUCCUUUAAAACUGGCCUACACUUAACACAUCUAACAGAAACGUUCCAAAUGAAAAGCAAUACAUACCUUCCACUCCUGCGCCCGGAGCAACACAACUCAUUGCUAGCCAAACUGCCAUAUGAUACAACCUUUAUUAAUUAACGCUUCCCUGAAAAGGACAGCAGUCUUCCAGAAUGCCCUUUCCCAAACUCCCACCACCACAAGCAGGCCAGCAGAUGUCACACAUGUAGUGUCUCUUCUGCACUGUUCUGGGAAACCACCCUCACAUAUUUCACAAUCUUGCGGAUUACUCUGUUUUUCCAGAGCAGCAUGGAAUGGGAGUAGAGGGGAGCGCCCAUAUAUGCCUUAUUUCUUAAAAAUAAACACAAACCAUCUGUUUUUUCCCUUUUAAAAUUACCCUGUCAUAGAAUUAAUUUGCUCACGGAGGGUAAUUACCAUGAGUGUUCACCCUGCUUUUACUCUGUGCUCCUAUUCCAUUCCCUAGAGUAAAAAGAAGAGGAGUACUUGUGGCACCUUAGAGACUAACAAAUUUAUUAGAGCAUAAGCUUUCAUGGGCUACAGCCCA